UCUCUUUCUCUCAUGCACUUUCUCUUCUUUUCUAUUUUUUUCUAGCCCUAUGGUAUGCACAUCUUUCUUUUCUCUCUUUUUUCUUUCCGCUACGGAAUUAUAUGAUAUAAUUAUAUAAACAUCUUUUUCAUGUCAUCUAACAGGCAAUCAAAUCACUCGAGAUUUUCCAAAAUUCUGGAAGAAUGUCGACCUUAAAACUGAGGUAUUACACUUUUUUGUCCUCAUAGCUGUCUAUCUCUAUUCUUCUUUUGGUCAUCUUUUUCUCUUCACUUUCAUUCUUUUUAUGUUAGUUACCCCUGACAUUCUACUCAUGAUUAUUGCCUUUCAGCAAAAUUAGAGGCAAAAGGUUAUGGGGGCAGGGAGGCAUGUGUGCAGCGUCUUUUCCACAAAAUACUUUGUAGAUAUCUUGAGGGGUAUGUCCAGUGGCCGGAAGGAUGUCAUCUCAAAAUACGGGUUUGAGCCUCUUCUGAAAUUUGAGAAAACUGAUAUCCCAUCACGAUUUGUCCGCUAUAUUGUCGAAUGUGUAGACACAGUGUCAUCUCAAAUCAUUGUUGCUGAUGAGAAGAUCAUUCCUAUCUCAAAGGAUUCAGUUCCUUAUGUGUUGGGCCUGCUAGACAGUGGUGAUUUAGCGACACAAGACAAGGAUAGUGGGAGGAACUUCAUUUUGUCUCGGUUCAGCUUGACAGAAAUGCCAAACAUUACUUUCUUUGGAGACAUGCUCAUAUCUUCUGAUUUUCACAGCGAGGAAGGCACUUUCAUAUGCUUCAUGGUGAUCGCAAUGUCGUGCUUCCUUUUUCCAUCUUCCAGCGAUCAGAUUCACAUUGAGUUUUUGACCUUGCUUGUUAAUCCAAAGCGCACAAGUGGUUUUGAUUUCUGUGCGCUUGUGUAUGAUUGGAUACUCACUGGCAUCAACAAGUUUGUGAUUUCUGGCAGAGUACCUGGCAGGAAACCAGAGGUGUUUUGCCUUUUGCUCGUACUGCAUCACGGACUAUGAAGAUUCACAAGAAAGAUGGCACCACAUCGGAGAAAUAGAUGGCUUUGUCAAAAGGUGAACUCACCUCCAGGUGAUGAAAGCGAGGUUGACAUGUUGAUGAACUCAUGUGACCUCCAUGGUGACCAUGUGUGAUCUCCAGCGUGAUCUCCCAGCUAUGUAUCGCCUGUGCUUGAUGGUGAGUACUUGAGGCAGGGGUGUUCAUGAAUGACCAAUCCUGUAACAGAAGCUGUUUAAAUACGUACUCCUACCAAAUAUGGUGGAGAUGUUUGAAGGCGUUAUCAAUCUUGUCGGUGCUUUCCUUAUCUUGUGCCUGAUGUUUAGUAUGUAAUAAUUAGGCUAAUUAUUGUUAGGAUUCUACGGUUUUUUCCAUGUAUAGUACUUUUGCACUUACGAGGGUGGGAGGAAGGCUA